GACGUUGAUAGGAGUCAAAAUUGUUUUCCGUAGAUACUGAAAUUCCAGUGUUAAGUGAAUGUUUAUUUUUAUUUAACAUUUUUGCUAAUAACUUAAAAAAAUAACAUUAUAUUGCGGUUUUAGGUAUUUUAAGGCUUUAUAAUAAUAUUCGAUUUGAUUCUGUGAUACGCGCUCGCACAAUUUGAACAUACGCAAACGUGAAGAACUUGUGCCACUGUGUUACCAUUGAAACAAUUUACUUCAAAAUUUCUUGUUUUACGGGGCUUAUUAACAUUUUUGUGGCAUGAAUUAAAUGGCAUGUGUAAUCGUGGGCGAAAGUGAUGUGCAAACAAAACGAUUCAAGUGAUUUUGUUGAAUCAAAAACAGAAAAUCUGGUGUUCUAAAAAUGAAAGGAGGUUAGGAAUGCGGACAAUCGCCCUAACAAUUAUUGGAGGGCAACAUGUAAUGAUCCAACCGAAGAAAUGGCAGAAUUCUUGCCGCUAUGCGAUCUCCUGUUCAACGUAGUCUCCCUGGCCGCGUACUUCUGCGACCUCGUGUUCGACGUGCUCGUCGUCUACGCCCUGUACGCGCGCGGCCUCAACGUGAUAUUCGCGCAGUGCCUCGCCGCGAUCGUCCUCACCACCCUGCUCACGCAGCUGCUCUCCCUGCACUGGUACCUGAAGCGCAAGCCGCAAGGCUGGCCGAGGACGCUAGUGUGCGCCCUGCACGCCUUGCAGCUGGGCGUGCUGUGGAGAUACGCGCGCCUACUCGUACCUGUUCGAAUAUCCAGCGUCAAAAGGGAGGUCAGGGAUCUGUGCAUCCUGCGCUUGGUGCACGGGUUCCUGCAGGCCGCGCCCAUGCUCCUCCUGCAGCUGUUCCUGCUACCCAGCGCCGCCGGCCCGCCCAACGACUUGCUCACCGUGUCGGCCGCGUUGUCCUUGUUUUCCGUGUGCUGGGCGCUGGCGUCGUUCAGCAAGCACGUUCAAAGCGUGGACAGGCUGAUUUUGACGUGGUUGGGCGUCGUUUCUCAAUUAUUAUGGCGGGCGGGCACCGUGACCGCCCGAGCGUUGGCUCUGUCGGCGUACGCCGCCAGUUACCACUCCUACAUCUUCCUCGUGCUGGCCCUGCACUGGGCCUGCAUGUUCCUCUGGCUUCUAUCGCCGAAGAGCCCGUUUCACGGGCAGCGCGGCCGGAAGUUGGGCGUGUGCGCGCUGAUGGCUGCCAUCUACGUGCUCGCCUACGUGAACCUGCAAGAGAAGCCUCACGGCCGCACCAUGACGAUUUUCUACGUGGUCAUGCUGCUGGAGAACUGCCUUCUCGUCGGCGCCUGGACGGCGGCGGUCUGGCCCGACAGGCCUCCGCAUUGGGAACUGGUGCCCGUGCUGACCGUUUGUUUGUUCCUGCUGGGGAUUUUGUUUAUGUUGAUGUACUACAAGUUUUUCCACGUCAGGCGGUUGCUGAAGAAACCGUCCGCUCCGCCUGGGGUUUUCAACUGCAGGUUCAGCAGUCCGUCGGCCGCGGCUUUGUAUAGAAAAAAGAAGAAGCCCACCAGUUUUGUUCCUCCGCCUGGAUUAGGGCCCGUUGCUGUGCCGUUCUGGAGAAGACCUCUGCCGUCGUCGAGCGAAAACGAGGGCAGCAGCGUCGGAUCGCGCGUGAACAUCCACCAAAAACUGCAAGAGAAAAAGCAAAAGCAACUGGCGGAACUGAAGAUAAUCGAGGAGGAAAUCAAGCAGGGCAAGCUGGUGGGCCCGGAAGGCGCCGACUUCGACGACAGGCAGCCCAUACCGCGCACCAAGCGGCACGUCGAACCGCAGCUGCUCAGCCUGGCGUCGCUGAACAACCUGGCCAGCUACGGCGUGAACCUGAACAGGCGGCCGCCGCCCCGCGCGCCCGGGAGCCGCACGCCGGAGCUGCUGCUGGCGCCGCGGUACCUGUACUGCGACUACGUCGUGCCCGAGCCGGAGCCGGUCGACUUGCCCGGCUCGCACGCCAACUCCGAUCUCGAGAGCCAGGUGUCGCUGCCGCGCUCGUACACGCUUCCCAGGGAGUUCAAAUAUUACAGGCGGCCCAGGACCGGGAGGCACAUACAGACUGUCGCCUCGACCAACAGCAGUGACGGAGAUGUUGACUCUGCUGACGACGAAUCCGAUUGCAACGCUCCUCCAGUGAUUCUGAGGCAAGUGCGGAGGCCCUUUAGACACGAAACCAAGUUGUGAUUUGUGCCAAUUCCGUCCAGUGUAUUGUUCAGUGGCGUAGCUAGGGGGUGCCGCUUGUUUGGGCGCGACGACCGGAAAAUUACAUGCAAUGAAAUUACCGCUAGAUGGCGGUACAAAUGCUAAUAACUUAAAAAAAACGAGCAAUUAAGACUUUUUUUUUCAAAUCUUUCGUUUUUAAACGUACUUUUCAGAAAAAUAUUCCGUGAUAUUUAAUAUAAUUUUUCAGUUUUUCAGAAAACACCUUUCAAGUUUGUUAUUCUUUAUUUUUAUGUUUUAUGCCUCAAAUUCCUAUAUGGGUGAAUACAGGGUGUUUCAUAAU